AUCAUAACACCUUAAUGCUACUUUAUGCAGGUUCCGUAUAGAGCUCGCCGUUGAAGAUGGCAAAGACAAUGCAAACGUUUGUGGUCUUUGAUACCGAGAUGUCUAAACUCACCAAAACGGAAGCAGCAACACUAGCUCUUGAGGAGGUUUGGGCUCUACGAUAAAAAGUUUUCAAAUUUUGAUUACAACUCUAUCCAAUGCACCGAUCUUUAGCCAAAAACAGAUUAACAGCGUUGGAGGUCCAGAGCUACCUUGAUGCCUUGAAGAACUAGCUGGGAAUCAAUAUGUUUUCCACAUAUGUGUCACUCUCUUCAACUUCACCUCCAACCACCGUACCUUCACUGUGUCUUGCUUGACCCUCUGACCGAGGUUGUUUCCUCUUACUUAUAUAUUUAAUUUAAUAACGUUAGACGCAAAACUGAAACGUUUAUUUGUCUUAAAGAGACCCUAGGCUGAAAGGGCUCCAGGGAGAGAUAUCCACACAGGACAAGCACCGUCAUCUGCUACCGACACUGGUGGUCUUUCCGGCAAGGCGAAGGAAGUUGAUGACGCGAAUCUACCUUCUGAGAAAAAGAAGAAUCAGAAGCUGACCCCGUGAGUGAUUGGUGCAAGUCCACAAAACCGUAAACCCACUUAGCUUUCCUGCGUUUUCAAUUUACUAAAUUGCUAUGUAUUUCGGAUUUUUGAGUUUUCGUUUUCUUUUCAAUUAUCUGCAAACUAUCACUCACUGGUUUAACAUGUACUUUUUAAUUAAAUUAUGGGGAACGUUGGCGAGUAUUAUCUUAUUUGCUGUCCAUUUACGUGCCCUUCGUUUAUCCCAUGCAUAUAAAUCCAUAUGUAACUUUAAAAAAGCACCGGUGAGGUCAGUUACAAAUGUGACUAAAUAAAAACAAAACUAUGCAAAUGGUUUAGUAAAAAUAAUGGUUCCAAACGCAGACUUUAGUUGGAGUCACAACUAAAUACAUACUACGAUUUAGGAUUCCCUUCAUGGAAUCAAUAUAUAAACGGAAAGAUUCUGAAGCUGUAUAAAAUUUCUUGAUCCUUAUACGUGGUCUAAGUAAAUGAGUAGUAUUAGCACAUAAAUGCAUCUAAUUUGGAUAUAUUGAUCUAUCUAAUGCUAAAUACUUAUUUACUAUGGUAUCAGUAGAAGCUCCGCCAAUGCCAUUUCUCACAAAAACAAUUCAACUGAAGGAAAAAUUGAACCAAACCAACAUAACAUUUUUAGUACUCACACAGAAGUUCAAGUAUUGUUAAUCCCACAACGCUUGAACUCCACAUGCGCUACGGUGAAACGGUCACGCACACUCAAUCACUCCAACUCAUUCUCAAUAAUCAUACAUUUAAGGUUUGCGGUCAUAAAUUCACACGAGCAAGCACCACGAGAGUCAUAACCGGUACAUGUCAAGUUUUAUAAAUCAAGCUUCGCAUAACAUUCGGAAUACCACAACUAUUCACUCAAAAAACCUAUGUCCCCGACCCUGCGCUUGCGCGGAAACCGCCCCUAGUAUAUAUAAAUGAAAAUAGAGGUGAGUUAGAAUUAGAAAUGGUUGUGUUAAAAAAAAAACAAAAGUUGGCUACUUAGUUGACAGUUUGUAACAUCGCUUCUGCAUAUAAAACUAAGAUGACCAUUUAACUUCCUCUACGGCCUCUUCUGGGUAUCAGAGGCUGACACAACUGCUUGGCACCACAACAUAUUAUUAUAUCACUUUAAGAUUAUGUAAAACUGUUAAGCAGAAAAAAAGAUUAUGUAAAUAACUAUUUUAAAAUAUAAUAGAAAUAAAAUAAUAUGGUCAUAUAUAUAUUGUACACAAGGAGAAGCACCUAGUAAUUGUAAUAGUAAUGGAAAAACUCAGGCAAAAAAAAAAAAUAAUAAUGGAAAAACUCAGUAUAUGGCUUGCAGUGCAAGGUUGAACCGGUAGGGCAAAAAGCCAUAUAUAACUCACAGUCACACUCCAGCGACCCGACGUCGUUUUUGACCAAUCAAAAACAGGCGUCGUGAAUACACAAUCAAACCGGGAUAAUUUUUUCCGAAUGAGCAGAACCGGGUUUAUAUAUAUAAUACACAGUGAGAGAGAGUCAGGGAGGCUUGGGUUACAAGGAACGUAGCCAGAGCAGUUUCAGCAGUUACCCCUCUCUCCCUCUCUCUCUUUCUCCGAUUAGGGUUCGCUACUUCUUCAACACACAACUCUGUGAGCGAGUGCGUCGGUGUUCUUUCUUCUUUCGAUAGUCAUGGUUGCUGAUUCCAUCACCGAGGAUUCUCAACUCUCUCAUGGCUCUCCGAUCACGAGAGAUGUCUUCAAGAAACGAAAGGCGUAUCUGUUAAGGAAGCUGAAACAGUGCAAGGUUGAUGGUGCUCAUCACAGGACUGUUGAAGACGAUGAGACUGUUGUUCUCUCUGACAACUCUAGCGAUGAUGAUUACAGCGAUGCCUUAAGCAUGUUCAACGAAGAAGAAGAUCCAAGCGAGAGUAACAACAAGUCGUCUUCUACAACUGAAAAGCCAGAACCUCCUUCACCAGAAGAGAAGGCUACCGAUGAGGAGAAAGAAGAUGAUGACUGUCCCCUUUGCGCUGAAAAGAUGGAUGCAACGGAUCUACUCUUCGAACCAUGUUCUUCUUGCGAGUAUAAGAUGUGUCUCUUCUGCUAUAACAAGAUCAAAGUAGGCACUGGGGUUUGCCCAGGUUGCAGGACCAAGUAUGAGCAGCAGACAAGUAGUAACAGCGGAGAAGUGAGUUUCCAGCAACGUGGUGGUGACCCAAUCCGUUUGUCUUCAUCGUUUCAGGGACUUGAUGAUGAUAGUGCUUAAAGAUCGAGAGAGAAAGAAGAUUAUGGAGAAAAGAGAGUUUCAAUGAAACGUCAAAUAGGUUUUUCUCUUUUCUUUUUUGUUUGUUGCCUUAUUAGUGCGUCUCAGUUUCAUCAGGAACUAUUAAUAGCUUUGUGGGGUUUAGGGUUUAGAUUGUCAUCUCGGAAAAUAACAUUCCGUUCCAUUACAUACUUUGUGAAUCAUGUACAUAGAAAUAAAACCAUGUUACAGUGUACUCUGUUAUUCAAUUCAGGAAAUGGUUGUUCUUAAAUGAA